UUUAAAAAAAUAAAGAUCGCGAUACUGAAAUAAGACGUGGAAUGGUCUAAGUAUGUGCUACCGAUUCAUUUCCGACGGUUUUCAUGUUUGUAUUAUCCUUAGUUUUCUUUAGGCUGCUAGGCUGCUAACUUCACAAAUUUCGAAGUGUCAAAAAAAAAAAAAACAAUGUUCAAUAUUUAAAAAAAUAAAGAUCGCGAUACUGAAAUAAGACGUGGAAUGGUCUAAGUAUGUGCUACCGAUUCAUUUCCGACGGUUUUCAUGUUUGUAUUAUCCUUAAUUUUCUUUAGGCUGCUAGGCUGCUAACUUAAAAAAUUUCGAAAUGUCAAAAAAAGUUCUAUAUGUAAAAAGAUAAAGAUCGCGAUACUGAAAUAAGACGUCGAAUGGUCUAAGUAUGUGCAACCAAUUCAUUUCCGACAGGUUUUCAUGUUUGUAUUAUCCUUCGUUUUCUUUAGGCUGCUGGGCUGCUAGGCUGCUAACUUCAAAAAUUUCGAAGCGUCAAAAAAACAAAAACAAUGUUCAAUAUUUUAAAAAAUAAAGAUCGCGAUACUGAAAUAAGACGUAGAAUAGUCAAAGUAUGUGCUACCGAUUUAUAUCCGACGGUUUUCAUGUUUGUACUAUCCUGCUAGGCUGCUAACUUCACAAAUUUGGAAGCGUCAGAAUGAAACAAUUAUGUUAAGAUAAAGUUCAACAUCUUAAAAAAUAAAGAUCACGAUAUUGAAAAAAAGGCAUGGAAUGAUCUAAAGAAGUGCUACUUAUGUAUUUUCGACUGUUUUCAUGUUUGUACUAUUCUAAGUUUUCUUUAGGCUGCUGGGCUGCCAGGCUGCUAGGCUGCCAACUUCAGGCUGUUAGGCUGCCAACUUCACGAACAUGUCAAAAUCGUCCUUACCCACGUGCUCAAGUUGUACGGAUGACGAAACAUGUUUACCUGAAAUACCCGGAUGUAGAAUUGAUGGUUGCGGCUUCCCGGAAGUUUCAAAUGGAACUUGUUGUUAUUGGAAAUAUCUUUAGCGUCGAUGCCACACUAAAAUACGAAUGCGCACACGGAUAUAGCAACACCGGAAGCAGUUUUAUCACGUGUGGAAAUAAUGGCCAAUGGUCGUCAGUUGACACGUGUUUACAAGAAGUUAACCAAUGCCCGCUAACAACAAAUUAUCAAAACGCUGUACUGAGUGAUGGCACGCCUUUUAUAUACUGGUUGGUCCAAGCUACCUAUACCCAGGCUCGAGGAGCGGCAUUGUGUCAAGCAUGUCAAGGCAGGCUUGUAGAGAUCCUCAGCUACCCGAAGUUGGCGUUUCUUAGAAAUAUUCUCAUCGAUAAAGCUGAUCGUAAAGAUUACUGGAUCGACGGAUCGAACACUGAUGCUGCAGAUUACGCCUCUCAAGACGCAUGGACGACAGCCUCUGGUGCAAUUAUACCAUUAACAAGUCAGUUAUGGGCCCCAAAUACACCAAAUCACGUCAACGUUGAACACUGCGUUAGAUUAAAAUCGAAAAAUAUACUAUUUUAA